AUGACAAUCGCUUCAAGUGAUAGCGAGAAUAAACUUCGUAUGGGUUAUUGGUCUUAUUUUCAAGUUGAUGUAUCUAAUCAGUCUUUUAUUAAUAAUUAUGUACACAAACAAUGUUAUUAUAAAAUUACAAGGAAAUUAUCACCAAUUAAAAAGAAGAAACAAGAAAUUAAUAAAUGUCUAGAAAAUUCGUCAGAUAUGUUUAAUGAUACUCCGUUAAAUGAAUCAGUUCCAAAUAUAGAUAAUCGCAUGUUGAAUCUUGAAGAAAUGGUUUCUGUGACAAGUCAAUUGUCUAAUAAUUGGAAUGGUUUUGAAGAAGGUACACGUGAUAUACAUUUAGACAUUAUCACAUCGGCUCUACCAGAAGCAACAGCUAAUGGAUCAUCAAAAACAAUUGGUAAAAACAAUGAGUCCACUGGUAUCGAUCUAAAUGUCGGUUUCAUGCAAGUAAAGCAGAGUCAAAGUAAAACACAAGAUUUUCUAUCAAAAUCAUUAAAUAUUACACAAUUUAUAAAUGAACAAAUAAAUGAAGAAAAUCAAUACCAAAUAGAUUUUGAACAUGACAAAACCACUCGUGAAUUUAUUGAUCGGUCGAAAGAUUUAUCUAUUCAAAAUGUUAUAAUUGAAGAACAAACAAAUAUAAAUAAAUCAAAAAUAAACAAGAAUCAAUGUAAAUCGUCCAUCAUUAAAAAUAAUCGUAAAACUCAAUCACAAUAUAUAAAUUUGAAAAGACAACGUAGCUCAUCAAGAAAGUCUAGUAAACGAUUUUUAACAUCAUCAUCAAAGAAUACAAAAGAUUUUAUGUUGUGUUAUGAAGAUGAUACUCAACUUAAUAAAACAUUUAUAAAUGGAUUUGAAGAACUAUUUUCCUGGCUUAGACAUUUAUUAAUGAAAGAAAUAAUUGUUCCAAUGACCGAUAUUAAAGUCCAUUAUGAAAACAUUUUACGUAGGCGGAAAGAAACCUAUUCGCCUUCCAUAUUACUUGCUAGUGCCAUUCGUGCACGUUUAGAAUUGAAAUUUGGUCAGGACAUAGUGUUCUAUCGUAGAGCUAAAUCUGAAGGCUUAUACAUUGCUAUUAAUGAUUUGUCUCUUGUUCUUAACAAGCAUGAAAAAUCUGAACAACUCCUUACAAUUACAAAUCGUAUGGGACAUACAUGCAGUUAUCAUACCAUGUGUCGAUUACAAUACGAAGCUGCAGAAAAGGUACGACUUUUAUCUGAUACAUUGAAACAAGAUCAACGACCAUCAUGUGCCAUUAUCAAUCAUCAUUUUGCUGUAAAGGUAGCUGACAAUUUCGACAUGAACAAAGAAACUUUACAUGGUCAAAAUAGUUUACAUAUGCUUAAUCAAAUUAUUGUACAAACAUCAGAAAAUGAUGAAAUUCCUAUAAUUUCCAAAGAUCUUAUUAAUAGCAUCAUUGAUCAAAUUUCCACUUCUGCUUCAUCAGCACCUGUAACAAUUGCAACAAUAACAUCUAAAGACUUGUUAAAAUAUGAACCAUUUAUUGAUUAUUCAUUCGAUACAAGUCUAUUAGCUUAUAGUCUUUCAAAAUAUUAUUCUAUGUUUAAUGAAGAUGGUACAUUAACUAAAUCAAAAUCCAUACAAUUUCCACUCUUAUCAGGAUUUUUUGCUACUCAUUUAACACCUCAAAAUCGACCUAUUCAUUCAAUAAAAUUUUGUACACCAAUUAAACAAAGUCCAAAUGAUAUUCUUACAACUGAGAUGUGUUUACGUGAAACAAAAACUACUAUGGUCGAAACACAUCAUCAAAAACUUGCUGUCGUGGUUGUUGAUGAAAAAUUAUAUACAAAUUGUAUGAAGGUUAUUAGAAGCAAUCCAACUGAUUUUGAAUAUGUUUUUAUAUAUCCAGGAGAUUUUCAUCUUAUGAAAAAUACAAUGAUCGUCAUUUGGCAAAUAUUAGAAUGCUCCGGUAUUGAAGAUAUAUUAAACAUUAUUUAUAAAGGUGCAACACUUAAAUCAAUAUUAAACGUUCAUCAUUUUAAUAAGUCCUUUAGAUCCUGUAAAUUAUUAUAUACAGCAUUACAAAUGUUACUUGUGGAAUCAUACGUAGCAGCAAAUACAUCAUUAGCUAUUGAUACAACAUCAACAUCAAAUUCUUUAUUUUUAUCUAAUGAACUUCGUGUACUUUUUGAGAAUAUUCCUAAUGAAUAUAAUACAGAUUCAGUUAAACAAAUAUGGUUUAAAAAAUUAGUUACUAUUAUUGAACAAGAACAUACAGUAUCAAAAAUUUCAAUUUGGGCAGAAAACAAAGCCAAACAAUCAUUAUCAUUUAAAUUUUGGUACUUUAUUUUACGUCAUUUAUUUGAACCAUUGAUAAUAUUAUAUUGUUCUAUUCGAACAUCAAAUUUUAAUUUACGGAAUGCGUGUGUGUCGAAAUUGGGUCCUUUAUUUUUUAGUACCAAUCAUAGGCAUUACGCACGUCUUUGUGCUCAACAUUUAUUUGAUAUUUCAACAGCUAGUUCAUAUUUACUUGAAAGAUUAUCAAACUCGUUUUCUGUUGUUAGAAGUCAUCGACCUUUUUCAGCAAUCGCACUAGAUCAAACUAUCGAGUCAUCCAUCAACAAAUUCGGAAAAGGUCAUGGCGGUAUUACUGGUAAAUUUUCUGAUGAAACAAUCGAUAUAUGGACCAAUUCAUAUAGUUUCCGUGCAACAUUAACAAGUAUUUUGCAUGAAAUUUGUGCAAUUGAAACUGAAGAGAAUUCUGUGGAUUCUCAUAUUGAAUGUACAGCAACACGACAAGCAAUAGACAAUCAUGAUUUAAAUCUGUUGUUGAUCAAGCUUAAACAAGAAGAUAUAUUUUCGUCCAACAAUCCUCAAUUUCGAAAAUUAUUGUCUGGCAAAAUUGUACAUGAUGAUAUAAUAAACAACAUUACCAGUUCAUUUGUUCGUGGUCAAGAGGCCAUGUCAAUGUAUAUUAAAGAUCGAUUAAUAAAUAAAACAGUAAAUGUUGAAGAACCAUUAAAAGCAAUGUAUCUUUUGAAAUUAUCUGAUGCUGAUAGUUAUACACCUGAACAACAACUUCAUUCGAAAAAAAAACACCUGCUUCACCACCAUUCGAAAGACUUGACAAAGAUGUUUAAUUCAAUUGAUAGACUUAUUCGUAAUACCCUUAUUAUUGCUGAACAACGAAAUCUUUCGUUAUCAUCUAUAUUUUCAUAUGAAUUUGCUCCAGCUCCAUUAUCUUUAUGUGACUUACACAACUACGAAAUAAUGAAUCAACAACAAAAAAGCUCGGUAAUAGAUUAUAUUAAAAGUCAGUUUCCUAAAUCGUUUUCAUCUUUAUGUCCAUCUAUUGUUGGAAAACAAGCUUUAAUUAUCGAUGGUGGUAGUAUUCUUCAAAUUAAACCAGUAGGAAAAAAAAUCACAUUACGUCAAUAUGCUAAUCAAUUAUUAAAAAUGAUAAUCAUUUAUAAUUUUCAUCGUUAUAAUCGUAUUGAUGUUGUCUUUGAUUCACAUAAAAGCAAAAUAGAAAAGUCUUUUAUUCCACGUCAUGCAGGUAAAAAAGUUUUACCUGUUUUUGAUAUUAAAUGUGAUGAUAUUCUUGAUUCUGAUUAUCAACAAUUGAUAAACAAUAAUCGAGCUACAGUUGCUGCUCGUGUUCGUGAAUGUUGGUGUACAAAUGCAUCUAUUGAAACACUUCCUGAGGGAAAGAUAUUAGUUAUUGCUGGACCUGAUGAUUCAUCAGUUACAUUGAAAAAAUCUCAUGAUCCAACUGAAGAUUAUUUACUUGUGUCGAAUCAUACUGAAGCCGAUACACGGCUAUUUUUACAUGCUCAAGCAAUUUCUUAUGAAAAUAUUAGAUCCAUUACAAUUCAAGCAACUGACACUGAUAUAAUUAUCUUAGCAAUAGCACAUAUAUUAUAUUUAGAUGUGGACAAUGUGUACAUCAAGUCUUUCAAUACCAAGGCAAAGUUCGAUGCAUUCAUUAAUAUUCGGGAAAUUGCUCUUACCAUUAGAGAAAAAUUUUGUUUUGAUCCAUGUCUUCUAAUUGUUAUUCAUGCAUUAUCCGGUUGUGAUACACUGUAA